AUGCCGGUUCUGGUGGCUUCUGCAGUAGGGGAAAAUAAUUUACCUGGCUUUGGGAGUCAGGGAGGAACUAAUAAUCCUGGGUGUAGCCUUCAGAUCUCUCAGUAUCUGGCCUUGCCACGGUUGGAGGGAUCUGAGAACAUCAGCGAAACACCUUUGGAGAAUGUAGCUGCCGGCCUAUGGGACGCGUACUCAGGCCUGUUCGGUGACCAAGCCAUGAUCCUUGCUAUGAACUCCAGCUAUGUAGAUCCCCUUCUGCAGUUUGAAACCCAACUGAAGAUAAUAAAGUCCUCCUUUAAAACGGUAUUUUCUAUACCAAGUCUUGAGGAAGUGAAGGAAAUGGGAAACAGGGAAGAUGACAAAGAGGACCUGGAGAAUCUGUAUCAAAACACUUUAAACUUAUUUGAGGACACUCUUCUGAUCUUAGUGUCUAAAGAUCUCUACAAACUGCAAAUCUUAAAGGACAUGGCUGUGUGGAUGAACGAAGAUAGCUCCUACCUACAGGAGAGGGUUAUGGUGAUCAUCAGCAGGGUGCUAAGCUUUGCGUCCCGGAGAGUCAGGGGAUACGCAAGUGUUGAUGCCCCAUGUUUGGGUGUCCUGGCAGCAGAAUUGUCUCUUCUGUGUUGCCACAGUGAUCCCUUAAUCACACAACAGGCAGCUUCAGGACUGUGCCACCUCCUCUGCAUUGCGAAGUGUCAGAAUGAGAUGGGAACAAAUGAAUAAAUGAGGUCCGGCGAUCACUGCCUCCUGACUACUCCCUCUAAUAUGGAAUUCCUACCUAAGGUCUUGCAACGGGACAAAACUAAAAUUACCCAGAGUGUAGGAUUCACCCUGCUGCCGUCCUUGCUGACUGACUUUGUGUGGAAUCUCCUCAUGAGACUCUCUUCACCUAAUAACAUAAUCGCAUUCAGGGCAUCCGCCAUGCUGAAGUUGACCUUGGAAUAUCACGCACAUAAGGUCACCAUGGUGUCUAAGAUUGUGGACACCAUCUACAAGCAGCUGCGUGAGAAUCCUUCUCACGUCAUGAAGCACACAAUGCUGCGGGUCGUCACCCUGUUAACACGCACCUCACCGAAGAAGGUUGUCUUCCAACUGAUGGAUUACCCAGUCCCAGCAGACAACACUUUGAUCCUGAUGUGGCACGCGGCAGGUUCCGAGGCGAGCGUGGCCCCUCACGUGCUGAAGACGAUCUUGCUGAUACUGAAAGGAAAGCCUGGAGAAAUGCAGGACAGCCUCAAGGAAAGAAGGCGGUUCUCUCUUGACACCACUAAUAUGAUGCCUGUAGCGGCCUCGCAGGCCCUGUGCACGCUGCUGCCCGUCGGCUCCUACAAGAAGGCGGUGGCGCAGGUGUUCCCGCAGCUGCUGAUGGCCCUCAUGCUCCAGCUCUGCUACAGCAGGGACCUGCGGCUGCGGACCGGGAACAGGACGCUCUACGCCCAGGACGCCCUGAGGGUGCUGCUGACCUGCUCCGGGCUGCAGCAGGUGGACGCUGCCCUGAAGAGGAAGAACUGCUGGAGCCGGUUCAACCACGCGCCCUUCCACCACUACGGGGUCUACCUCGUCGCCAAAGCUCUCAGUGAAUACAACUUCCCACAGUUUCCAGAGACCUUGCAUUACCUCUACAAGCUCUCAGUGGAAGAUCCUAGACGGUCAGAAGACAGUAUCAUCACAGUAAUAUUCCUCACUGAAAUCCUGAAUAAUUUCUUCAAGGACCCAUUCCCAGAAGAGUUUUUGGUUCUCUUCAGGAACUGGGUCAAUGACGACAAUCCUGCAGUUAGCAAGCUGAGCCUACAGAAAAUCGCCAGCAUGGCGCCAGUGAUCAAUGAGGCACAAAAUGUCUGCAGCUUGUUGGUGUCCGUCUUGGAUGCCUUCCUUUCAAAAGACAAAACUGUCAUCAUUCGGGCCUUAAUCACCCUUCGAAGACUUCUAAUCAGACUGGACAAGGUGACCUACUCCUCUCUGUGUACUAGAAUUGCUUCCAGCUACUGUCCUCUGAUGGAUCACAGUAAUGGAGGCAUCCGGAGUAUGGCCAUUCAGCACUUCGGCGAAUUACUCAGGGACAUGAGUGAGUACACGUGGAUGCUGAGUGAUGUGAUUCUUGGAAGUUUGGUGCCUCUGAUCCUGUUUUUGGAAGACACAGAAAUUAGAGUUGCUCAAGCAUGUAAGUAUACGUUAGCGAUCUGCGUCUCAGAAUUAAACUGGCCAACGUGGCAUUUGCUCAAGGACGAGUUUUACAGUUUCGAGGUGGUGGUGCUCAGCAUCUGCAGCAAUCUCCUUACAUCUCAUGAGAACUACAUUACAUAUCUGAUAUCUGAUACCUUAGGAUUCCUGAGAAGCUCCCGAGUAUAUCUGAGGAGAUCGUCGGUUAUUUUAAUAGGGUACUUAGCAAAGGUAGGUGGCCACCUACUGCUCAGAGAUGAAAUAGAAGUCAUGCUUGAGGCCAUUGACCUGAGGCUUCGCGACGAAGACCCCGUGACCAGGGAGCUGGCGGAGAUAACCUACGCAGUUUUUAAGGAAAUAGCCCAUGGACUGACCUCCUCCAACCUUAAACAAAUCUUCCGAAGAGUAUUUAACUCUAUCUACACAAAAAAACUGAAGCCUCUUUAUAAUUAUAAGUGGUCCGACAACCCGGCCUGCAGUCCCGUGAGGAUGAAGGACACCAAGAAUGACAAGGAAGCCCAUAUGGGUGAGAAUUAGGAAACAGUUCAGUAAAGAAUGAGAUGCUGGUCUGUGGCUCAGAACACACCUCAGAAGAGAAAUGAUGUUCCUUUUCCUCUUGAUAAUGAGUCUAUACAUACAUGCUUUUGUGAAGGAUGCUAGAAGCCUUUCCUGUCACCUAAUUCUCUAUUCAAAUAUUGAAAUCCAUUGCCUUCCUAUGUUUAACAGUGAUCGAUUAAUACAGCUGAAAAAUC